GAUCGGAGCCACGCAGCUGUUGAUGAAAGUGUAGAGUGGCAAAACGGACGGCCUAAUGUGGUGGUCCAAGCCCGAACGUGCCUAAUGGCCGCUAUGUCACGUGGGCGCUUCGUCGCGCUACGCGUUGUUUAAUGCGCAUUUCCCUCGUGCACAGACCUAUUUAAACAUCACUGACGUGUGGCGAUUAGCCACGCUUACACUCAACUCUUCCUCCCAUCGACUCGCUCCAACGCCCUCCCGACUCGUUGUCCGACUGCCACCGUCUACAGCCGCGUAGACCAUGGAGUCGAACAGUCCACCAAACAACGUCGUGGCAGUCGCAAGCCUUCCUUCGUCCCGCGUCUCCCACAUCGAGGAACUCAUCCGCAUGAUCAUGUGGAGUCUCUACGACCAAGGUGGCCGCAAGUCUCUGCUCAACUUUGCUCUGGCGUGUAAGGCCUUCUGCGACAUGGGACUGGACAUCUUAUGGGCAGAGCAGGAUUCUAUGGUUCCAUUGCUCUCAUUGGUCAAUAAUUGGCAGUGGGACAAAACUAGCAUCGAAUCAACGGGACAGACGAUUUAUGAAUUGUGCCACUUCGGCGACCCGCCUUGGGAUUUCGGCUCCUGGCCUGACUAUGCUCGCAGGAUUAAGAGUUUUACCUGGAAUUCCCGCUUUGGAAUAGGCAUCGAUGAGACCACCUUGCGGGGCUUCAUGACUCUGAUACCAGAGGGCGUCCAGUAUUGGCCAAAUCUCCGUCAUCUCACCGUUCGCGACGGUUCGCAUAGUUUUCAGGAUGCCUUAGACACUCCGAUAGUCAUUCCCCGGACGCUACGAAGCAUUACACUGAAAGCUCAAGUCCCCGAGUGUUUGCGGGAGGUCUUCAAAGAAUUGUAUCAUGUCUGCCAAGACUUACAGAGCCUCUCGGUCACUAGCGAUCUAUUCUCGGGCGCCUCGAACUUUAUUUGGGAUAGCGAGGAAAAUGAAGUCCGGCUGCAAGCCUAUACUUGGCUGUACCGCUCACUCCUGCGGAACAACCUGGUGCGCUUUGUGUGCGGCACGUCGUUGAUUGAACACUUCGUCCUCGUGCUCGGAGAAAUGACUAAUCUAAAGGAGAUGGACGUCAUAAUCGAUGGAAAGCUCAAACCUCUAUCUGAGCAUGCCCUUUCCGUUGAUUACUUCCCGAUUUUGGAGGACCUCACCGUGCAGUUCUAUCGAUUGGAUGACACGUCGCACAGAUUCUUGACGAUGAUAUCGUCCACCAGACUUGUGAAGCUAAGCCUCAUCAUUUCCGAAGUUCAUGAACGGAAGCUCUCGAACUGUGUCAAAGCUCUGGCGCAAUUCGGGGCUCUCCGUCAUCUGCACUUGGUGCUCAUUGAUGACGAGAGAAGAAAUCCACCGCCGUACAUCACUCAAAAAACGUUGAAUCCGAUCCUGACUUUGAGCAACCUUAGAUCCCUAAAAUUGCGUAUGCCCUGUCUCCUGAUCGGCAUGAGCGGAUAUGACGAAAUUGUUCGUGCGUUGCCGCAUCUGGAAGACCUCCGCAUUCUGGAUUAUGACCUGUCCACAUAUACGGAUCCUCCUGCAUAUCACAGCCUCAAGGAUAUCGCCGAACACUCUCCCAACCUGUUGAAGCUUUUUGUGCCGGUUGAUGACAGCAGCGUCCCUCGGCUUCCACCCUCUUUCCGUUCCACGUCUCGGGUGAACAAAAUUUACCUUUAUCAACCCGUCGUUCGUGGACGUGAGGCCCCUAGGCCCGUGGUUAGCGACUAUCUCGCUGCAUUGUUCCCGGAAGCGCCACGCGAAUCCGUUGAAGUCAUCAACCCAAAUAUCCUCAAAAAUGGGUAUGUGCGUUAGCGCAUCUGAAGACCGCAUCUUUGGUGUGCAUUGAAUGCUUUUCAUUUCCAGUUUUCGCGUCCCACGUCUGCUCACUCACUACGUUUUCUAUCUACUCCGUGUUUCUAUUGCAUCCGAAUCGUCUCAAAAAACUCCGUGAUAUCUUGU